AUGCCGGACAAAGAUCUCCGCCGCCAGGUCCUCGGCAGCACCAAGACCGUCUCGCGCAAAGCCCGCUCGCGCGUCGCCUCGGGCGCUAGCUCCAAGGCCGGUUCCACCGCCAACUCGCGCGCAGAGUCCAGGAAUGCCAGCCGCACUGUCAGUAGGAGUGCAUCCGACGACGAGGGAAAUUUGAGCGACGAAACUAACUGGAGCACCAACUCCAUCGACGACAUCCUCACCUCCGAAGAUAUCGAUGCGCCUCCUGAGGUCUGGAAAGCCCGGCUGGCCGACCGCAUGGCCGAGAUCAUCGACCGCAAGCGCAGUAGCAACGAAGGCCGCGCAGAUGCUCUUGCCGCAUACUCUUAUUUGCUAAAGGCACACUAUGCGGCCGAGGAUGUCGAGCCUAGACUCGGUGAACUCAUGCGCUCCAUUGUUAAGAGCGUCAAAUCUGAGACCAGCGAGCGGGAAACUGUCAUGGCCUUGAAAGCCAUCGAGUUGACCGUUAUAACUUGCCCUUCUGACAACAUCUACGACGCCAUAGUCGGCCCAGCCAAGACAAUCAUAACCGAUUCUGAGUCUCUCCUCUCCAAGGUCGCUGCAAUCCAUGCUCUCGGUACUGCAACCUUCUAUGGCGGCGCCACACUCGAUGAGAACCAAGAGAUCAUGGACUUCUUCCUAGAGAUUGUUGAGUCGGAUGGCCAUUCCAUCGAUGCUGGCGACGAGGCGACAGCAGUCGUGGCCGCUCUCGAAGAAUGGGGUUACCUUGCUACACAAAUGGACGACUUCGAAGACAGUACCGAGCCAGCCAUGGAAGCCUUUGUCGAGCAGCUGGACUCGGCCGACGUCGGUGUCCAGAUCGCCGCGGGUGAGAACAUCGCCCUGUUAUAUGAGAAGUCGUACACCGAAGUCGAAGCCGAUGAGGAACUGUCUUCUUCUGACGAAGCUGACGAUCCGGACGCGACCCCUGGUUCCACACGCAUGGUCAAGCGCUACACUGUCUAUCGCCGUGAAGACCAGCUCACGCACAAGCUCUCGGCGCUUGCGACGCUGAGGUCAGACGCAGGUCGCGUGGCGAGGAAGGAUCGCAGCCGGAUGCGUUCCAACUUCAGCGACAUCCUGAACAGCGUGGAACACCCCACCCGCGGUCCGCGCUACAGCACGGCACUUGAUAGCGAUCACCACGUCUACGGAAGUAGGAUGUUCGUCAAGAUCAGCAAGUUUGGUGAGAUGAAGAUCGACGCGUGGUGGAAGCUCUUCAGGCUCAACGCUUUGCGGAGAAGCCUCCAGGGUGGCUUUGCCACGCACUAUGAGAAGAACGAAGUGGUUUUUGAUAGUUUGCCUUGCAUGAUACAACGCCGCCAGGGCUCUUCGAAGUAA